AUGGACUCGCCGUGCCCUGAGCAAACAGCUCUUUCUAACCAGCAAGAAUAUAAUGGAGCCCUCCGUACGGCGUUUCAUCUGAUUCAAGUUCUUGUGCUGCCUCCCCUCUUCUUCCCUCCCCCGUCGCCAGGCCGCUUCCAAGCCCGGCGGAGUUCUCAAGGGAGUGGAAGACGCCGCGCCGCACCGCCUCUCCUCCACGGUGCGCGGAAGCUGAACCCGCGCCUUACCUUGCGCCGUGCCGCCUUCCCGCACUACGCUCAAAUUCUUUCGUCCCAACGUCUCCCAUUUACUGCGCCUUAUCCACGUCGCCUCCUCAUUUCUUCGCCAUCCUGCCUUUUUCCCUCCCUCUCGCCCCUUGCCGCCUCGCCUGCGCGCUUUUCGAUUCUCGCCGCACGCUGCGCGGGGGUGCAGUUGCCACAGCGCGUGCCGGAGCUGGUGGACCUGCGGGAGACGAUGGAAGAGGUGGUACCGGAACAGCGUGCGCGACUCGCGGAGAUUAAAGCCAAGUACGGCGACAUGGUCCUGGGUGACGUCACCGUCAACAUGGUACGCGCACGCGCGCGCAUCGUUGUGCCUCGUCGCCGCAUUAUUCACUCGGUCGAGUAUGCAUCGGACGCGAAUCAUGAAUGUGCGUUAUUGCGAUGUGCCACGUGGCAGGCGGUGGGCGGAAUGCGCGGCAUCAAGGGCCUUCUCUGGGAGACGUCGCAGCUCGACCCGCUCAAGGGCAUCAAGUUCCGCGGGCUCUCCAUUCCUGAGUGCCAGGCGCAGCUGCCCUCCGCGCUCGACGGCGGCCAGCCGCUGCCCGAGGCGCUGCUGUGGUUGCUGCUAACGGGCGAGGUACCCACGGAGGAGCAGGCAGUGUCGCUGGCCGUGGAGCUGCAGGACAGAGCGCGGCUACCAGACGCGGCGUGCCAGGUGAUAUGGUCGCUCCCCCCAUCACUCCACCCUAUGACCCAGCUCUCUAUAGCCGUGCUCGCCCUGCAACGCACCUCCAAGUUCGCAGCCGCGUACCACCGCGGCACACACAAGCGGGACCUCUGGCGCCACGCACUAGACGACAGUCUCGAUUUGAUUGCCGCCCUGCCGGAGAUCGCCGCCCGGAUCUACAACCGCAGCUGCAAGGAGGGCGGCGCGCGGCCGGGCGUGCGGGCGGCGAGGGAGGAUUUGGACUAUGCGGGGAACCUGGCGCACAUGAUGGGGUUUGACGAUGAGAGGAUGGACGAGCUCUUGCGCCUCUACCUCACCAUCCACGCGGAUCACGAGGGCGGCAAUGUGAGCGCGCAUGCUACCCACCUGGUUGGGUCGGCAUUAUCCGACCCCUUCCUCGCCCUCUCCGCCGGCCUCAACGGGCUCGCCGGCCCGCUGCAUGGACUGGCCAAUCAGGAGGUGCUGGGGUGGCUGCACGCGCUGAGGGCAGAGUUGGGCGAGCGACCCAGCAAGGAGCAGCUGGGGGAGCACGUGAGGCGAGGGCUGGCAGCAGGGCGGGUGGUACCGGGGUAUGGGCAUGCUGUGCUGCGAGUGACAGACCCGCGCUACUCGUGCCAGCGGGAGUUUGCACGGCAGCACAUGGCGCAUGACCCCAUGGUGCAGCUGGUGUCUGACCUGUACGAGGUGGUGCCGCCCAUACUGCAGGAGACUGGCAAGGUGCAGAACCCAUGGCCCAACGUGGACGCACACAGUGGCGUGCUGCUGCAGCACCUGGGGCUCACCCACGCCAACUUCUACACAGUGUUGUUCGGCGUCUCUCGAGCCAUGGGCGUGCUUUCUCAGCUGGUGUGGGACCGGGCCUUGGGAUUGCCGUUGGAGCGCCCCAAGAGCAUCACCAUGGACUGGAUUCAGCAACAUGCAGCCGACACGGGCUUUAAGGGCGAAGCUCACACACACACACAUGCCACCAAGGCUGCAGCAUGA